AUGAUCUCAUACAAUGCUCGUAACCAGAGGAUAGAAGCCUGGGUCAACGCGGCCACCGAAGAAAGCGAAGACGCCGCCCCCACAGACCCCGAAGCCCGCGACCUGCAUGACCAGGAGAAAGCCCAGCGAAUCGAACAUGAGGAUCUGUGUCGUGAGAAUAAGCAGACCUACAAGGGCCGCGUUUUGCUAUGGCUCGCUCUCCAGAGUACCGGUGUCGUCUAUGGUGACAUUGGCACCAGCCCUCUCUACGUCUUCAGCUCGACCUUUACCGAACAACCAUCAUGGAAAGACCUCGUGGGCGCCCUGUCAAUAAUCAUCUGGUCGCUCACCCUCAUCGUGACUGUCAAGUACUGCUUCAUUGUGCUGUCAGCCGAUGAUGACGGCCAGGGAGGCACCUUUGCCGUCUACUCGUUGCUCGCCCGCUAUGCCAACAUUGUCCGAACCGACCCCAGCGGCCCCGAGAGGAUUGUGGUGCGCCUGGACCGCGAAACUGGCGCCGAAUUGCCGCCAGCCGGGAGGAUAGUACGAGACUUCCUCGAACGGAGUCGAGCCGCGAAGGCGGUCCUCAAGACUGUCGGUAUCCUGGGAGUCGCCAUGGUCAUGGCCGAUAGCGUCUUGACACCCGCCCAGUCCGUACUGGGCGCCAUCCAGGGCAUUCAGGUUGUGAGGCCCGAUCUGGGAAGGUCUGCCAUCGUGGGAAUUAGCUGCGCGAUACUCGUCUUCCUCUUCCUACUCCAACCACUCGGGACAUCCAAGAUUGGUACGACCUUCGCGCCAGUGGUCAUGGUCUGGCUCUUCUUCAACUUUGCCGUCGGCAUUGUUAACCUCGUCCGAUACGAUCACACCGUGCUCAAGGCCUUUAGCCCACACUACGCCUUUACGUAUUUGAUCCGAAACGACUCGAGCGGCUGGAAGUCCCUGGGCGGUUUGCUGUUGGCAUUCACAGGUGUCGAAUCUCUCUUUGCAGACCUGGGUGCCUUUGGGAAAAGGGCCAUUCAGCUCUCCUGGCUGGUCCUGGCCUACCCUUGCCUGCUUAUCACAUACUGUGGUCAAGCUGCCUUCAUUGCCCACGACAAGGAUGAGACGGCCUUCACGAACCCUUUCUUCCGUACAGUGCCCGAAGGCAGCUUCUAUUUCAGCCUGAUCAUUGCGAUUCUUGCAGCUAUUGUUGCUAGCCAGGCCUUGAUCACCAGUUCAUUCCAACUCAUCUCGCAGCUUAUGAGGCUGAGCUACUUCCCACAUAUCAAGACAGUUCACACCAGUCGCCAGUUCCACGACCAGAUUUACAUGCCCUUUGCGAACUGGCUGCUGAUGAUCGGCACUGUCGUGGUCACAGCUGUCUACAAUAACACAACGAGUCUGGGCCAUGCCUACGGUGCCUGCGUCAUUCUCGUCACGUUUAUCACGACUUGUCUAGUAUCUCUAGUGGCCCUCAUCGUUUGGCGAGUGCCGACCUUGGUUGUGCUGUUUGGAUUCCUAGUCUUCAUUCUCCUGGACAGCAUCUACCUCAGCGCUGCAAUGAACAAGGUACCAGAUGGCGGUUGGUUCGCCAUCGUGCUAUCCUUCAUUCUUUCAACCGUCUUCAUACUCUGGCGAUGGGGUAAGGAGCAACAAUGGGAGGCGGAAAUCAAGGAUGUGGUAGAUCCGGCCGACUUUCUGCUUUCGUCCCGCAGCACCUCUCGCAACAACUCGAUUGCUAGAGAGGCGGGAGAUAGUUCGAUCCGUUCGGUCCGUCUUCGACUUGCCCCCGAGUUUGGAGGCGGAAGCAUCACGCCGGCCCCAGGUCUCGGCAUCUUCUUCGACAAGGUUGGCGGCAGCGGCGAUCACAUCCCAAAAGUGUUUACACAAUUCAUCCGAAAAUUCCAGACUCGGCCGCAGGUUAUUGUCUUCUUCCACAUGCGGCCCCUGUCUCAACCCACAGUGCCCUACGACCAGCGAUUCGUCAUUUCUCGGGUCACGACCAAGAUCCCCUCCUGCUAUCAGAUUGUGCUGCGACAUGGUUACAUGGAUGACAUUCUUACACCAAACCUGGCCCGUAUCAUCGUGAAUGAGCUUAUGACGUUCAUCACGAGGGGCCCGUUCCCACCAGAUGAAAGCGACUUGCCUCCGGAUGUACGAGACGAGCUGGAUGCCCUUCGGUCCGCGGAGGAGGCCCAAACGGUAUAUCUCAUGGGCAAGCAAACGAUGCGAGUGCAGAAACGAGAGAAACGAUCACUCAAGAACAUUUGCCGACGCGUGGCGCUUGAAGCAUUCUUGUGGAUCAGGGAGAAUUCGAGAACCAAGCUGGCCAACCUAGACAUUGACCCCGACAGUCUCGUUGAGGUGGGCUUUGUAAAGGAGAUAUAA